AAAGCUGUCGCAUAGCAUUACGCAUAAAAUGGUAUCGGCUCUUAUCAGACUGAACCAUUAUACUGCGGUUGCGUUGAUGUGCCUUUUUUCUGAUGGAAAAUAAGAUGGGAAUAUAAGCACUUUGUCAUCUCCCGAUUGUCGUCAUCCCAGUGGCGACAAUAAUAGCUCACGAACAACAAUCGAUAUUCUUAUCGAUCACAAUGCCAGGUCGGCCUCCGUUGGUAGCUGUGUUUGUGUUCAAAGUACACGUUGCUGAGGUAAAUUCAUUCACUAACGAAUUGUAGGUGGAUUUUUUUGUCUGUAGGGGAACAUUGUCCUUUUGACAAUGUAAUUGACCUCACUGUUUAUUUAUAAGUGGCAUAGUCCUAGUGUUAGUGCAUUUGAGCUAUUGUGACGAUCAUGAAUCAACAUGCCUAUUGUAAGUCAACCACCAGCUCUUUAGUAAGCUGUCUAGCCUGUUCAAUGUUCUUACUUUUGGCUGGGCAUGCUAGUUUACUUGCGGUCAGACUUGUGAUGUAGGCCUACUUCUGAACCAUCAUGGCCUCGACUACAGCACUGCAUAGGCCUAUGCCUUACGGGCGUCAUGUCGUGCUCUAAAAAUCACCCGGCUUUGCCAAAUUAGCCCCACGUAGGCCUCCUAUCCUUUGCAUCAGCUAGAUUGUGCAAUAUUUUGAACAGUAUAGUCUCGGCCAGGUAAUAAAAUCCAGGUCAGUGUCUACCGAUCGCAUUCUGAAGUUGGAUGAUAGUGGAGAUAACGCCGCUAUUGUUACGUGGCGGGUAGAAUACAUGUACAUGUCUUUCUGUUGACUAUACGUAUAACUGCAAUGACAUGGACACACGAAGCAGGUGGACGAAGUUGACCACGUCGGUGGAGAUAUACUCCGACUUUCUCUGAAGAAACCACAAAAUUCGCUUGCAGCAACUUUACCCAAAUCAUUCUUGUCAUGUGAGGAACCAGCGUGUAGUCACCGUCCGUCUCUGUACUUUUUCCGUGGAGCAAGUGGAGUAGGUCUUAGGUUAAGUUUCCUACUGUGUUCGCAAUUGUAAAAGACAACAGUGGAUAUUUAUUCAGUGUGCUUUUUACGUUGCAGACUGUGUGAUGGAAGAUGUUGUGCACACUUAGUUUGGCAGAGCACGGUCCAUCACGCGAUAGUCCAUGCAUAGCGCAUGAGCGACCUAACCAGCUUAUUUUGAAAACUUUGUACAGCUUUAUUUGGAAAACGCAUCGAACUGUACAGACCCAGUGAUUUUAGUUGACCUGUAGUGUAACUGCAUUCACGGCCUGAUUCAGUGAGGUGCCUGGAGUUACCAUAAUGGGACGUUUUACGGGCAAGAGUUGCCGGUUUCUGGCCAUGAUUUCCCUGACCACCGUGUUCUUCCUGGUGGAGCUAGUGACAGGCUACGCUACCAACUCACUGGCUCUCGUCUCGGACUCUUUCCACAUGCUGUCAGACAUCAUAGCUUUGGUGAUAGGCUUUCUAGCAUUACGGAUAUCCAAGAGAAGUUCUCCCACGGGGAGCUGGAAGCGUGCCGAGGUGUUGGGAGCUCUCAUCAACUCCGUCCUCCUGAUAGCGCUGUGCUUCACAAUCUUCGUGGAUGCCGUCCAGAGACUGAUUGUAGUGGAGGCCAUAGAGAACCCUGUACUGGUUCUCAUCGUGGGCUGCGUGGGGCUGGUUAUUAAUGGAGUUGGCCUGUGCCUCUUCGGCUCACAUGGUAUGCCGCAUGGUCACUCCCAUGGGGGCGUGGAAAGCCACGCCCAUGAGCGAAACUCCAAAUGGCAGAAAUUAGACUUGGAACCCUUAUCUGCCGAAGAAGAAGAAACGGCACUUGACGAACCAUCUUCCACGGUCAAAGGAACGAAGGAACUGAGUGAUGAAACGAAAACAGUGGGCGCAGCGCCCUCUCACGCCCAUUUGAACAUGAGAGGCGUGUUCCUACACGUGUUAGGGGACGCGUUAGGUUCUGUAGUGGUCAUCAUCAGUGCACUGUUCAUCUGGUUGACGGACUUUGAGUGGAGAUACUACGUCGAUCCAGCUAUGAGUCUGAUCAUCGUUGCUAUUAUCACAGUUACAACCGUCCCCUUAUUCCGGCAGUCAAGCAAACUCCUCUUACAAUCGCUUCCAUCAGAAAUGAAUGAAGAAGAUAGCACGGAAAAGCUUCAAAGAGAUAAGACGGGUACCAGUUACCUAGCCACAGCCCACAUCUGGUUUCACGACAAGGACGAUUACACAAUAAUGGCCGACGACAUCAAGUCAUAUCUCAUGGACAAAGGAAUUGAUGCCACGACGACGAUACGAGAGAAUACUGAUGUAAAUGUACACAGUGAAUCAGCGAAUGGUGCUUGUGUAUAGGAUAUUAAUUAGUUUUUUUACUGCUUGGUGGCAGCAAACUUUCAGACUCACAAUCAAUGGUUAAGGAUGUGGCUACAACUAAUUAAAACUGAUAGGCAAAGGAGUCUAGGCCUUAGCCAUAGGGUGAGGACAUUUUCAAGCACCACGCUUGUUUAGCAAACUGCACUUUUGUCAACGAAGGGUUGCAAAACUAUGGAAGGUCCAACACUGCAAAAAUGAAGAAGAGUUAUUACAGAUGACCAAAAUAUUAUUUGAUUGUUGGAAAUAUAACAUUGUCAACAAAGCUACAACACAAUUCCUACACAUGCCUUUUUACUAUGUAUUGAGGGCGUUUGGAGGACUUUUAAAAGAAAACUAUGUUGUCAACCAUGGCUUCAAUUUAUGCGCUUGCGGCAGCCCAUAUAAAAUGGCGUAAAUGUAACAAAAGUAAGGUCUUUAUAAUCAACUCUAAAGCAUUAUCGGUUGAACAAAAUGUGAACGUAAAAUGUGGCUUUGUGUCUUGCUGUGCUCUGUCUACUGCAGUUUUUUUUUUAAAUAGUAAUAGCAUUGUUAACCCGAGAUGAAAGUACUGGUUUACAAACAAAAUAUCAACUUAAAAUAUAGGUAUUGUGUAGACCUAUAGUCAAUUUGCUAGUCAACUUGCUAUCGCCUUUUGUUUGCACCUUCGUUCGCAACGGCACCCACAUUUGCUGGUUGUUGCAAUUUAGUCUGGUCCCAUGAUCUGACGAUCCCCAGACGUCUCGGUUUGGUUAAGCGAAAUUGGCGGUCUACCUGACUUAAGAUCUGACUUAAGCCCGAAACAGCUAAUUAUUAUUCGGUCUGUCAACCUCAGACUUAGGUUAUAGGUAGCACACUGAAAACAGUUCCGUAAAACUGUUAGAUGGCUAUAUUCUUUUACAAGAUGUAUUGAAAUAACGUUUGAUUUAUUACGGUCUUUUCUUUAGUAUGUUGAACUCAACACAAAUUCCAGUUUUUAAUUAAGUUUUAACGUGUUUCCUGAAGGCCAAAUUGCUGCAUGUUCAUACGUACAUCUAAAGCCGGUUCUUUGUAAUCUCCUUUAAAUGUAUUUCAGCCCAUGAUAUGUUAUAAAUCCUUUUCAUAAAGUUAACACCUUUGUCGGUGAUGUGAUAUUUUGUAGAAGACACAAUUAUGCUGAACUUGAACAUUACUCUUCUUUUGUUAUUAAUAUAAUGAAUUCUGCAGUUGACAUUAUUUCAAACCCCUAUAUUUAUAACUAAAUUUAAUAACAAUACAAAUUUAUAAUCUUGUUAUUAUUUUACGUUACGAAGUCGGAACUUUACGUUACGAAUGGCUACGUAUUCAAAAAAAUGUUUAAAACUAAUACACUCUUUUUACCAUUGAAAAUCACAUCAAAAUAAUCAAGUUGAUAUGUAAUUUAAUCUCGAAACUAACGAUGUAUGAUCCAACCAAACGUCUAAAAUUAUGUCUAGCGUAAAUGUAAUGUAACAUUGCUUUAAUUUCCGUUGUACAUGUAAAUGCUGCAGGUGGCGGUCGACAAUAAAUUUUAAAGAAUUCUUUGCAAGAUUCCUCAGAUUGCCAGAAAGGAAAUCUAUUAACAGAGCCACCCACUAUUUGCAUAAAACUAUUCCGUAAGUCUUUUUUUCUGGAAGUUCUUUUGACUCUUUGUUUCGUUAUACUUCUAUUUUGGUGACAUAAACGCUUGAAAUAAAUCAAACGAAAUAAAUAAAGAAAUAACGGUAAUAUAUCUUUAGUCAUGCUUUCUUCUAUUACUAGACCACAAUCUUAUAUCAUUUUUCGGUAUUCUUCCAUCGAGCAAAGACUAUAUAUUUUUAGAAAUGUUUAGAUAAAUUUGUCCCUUUCUGGAUGGGAUAUGCCAACUGUUUUUUAACUGGCAGUUUUGGUCCGUUCAAAAUUUGUUUGAAAUUAGGCAAACUCAGAUGUUGGAAAUCAAUCAAUGCAAGACUUUGAUUUGACAUUGUUAUUUUGCUGCAGGUGUACAUAGUUGCAUUUUUCAAACUUUGCCAAACGUGCAUGUUUCAUGAAUAUCUGUUCGGCAGUGACGAAGUAAUUUUAAUAUGAGAGAGUGUUAUUUGACUUGAAAUAAUAAACUGAAUAUUCGUAAAGCAA